AUGGACACGGAUUGGAGGUCGACUUUGUCGAACCAGGAGCGUUCCAAGUAUAUUACGGAGCUGGCCCAGAUCUUGGCUCAGAUAAGUCAAGUUAACGGCGGCGAUCGUGGCAAUUUCAACUUGGAGAAGCUGAAGAAAACCGCAGAACAAUUCGAAAAAAGUCUCUAUGCAAGCAGCUCUUCCAAGGAGUUGUAUUUGGAUUCGAUGCGCAAGAGGAUUGCUGCCAUGGAUACUGCUAAGAAGAAGGCUAUAGCGAAUUUACAACACAACGCUGCGAAAGCGGCUUCUCUGUCCCAAAGUCAACAACACCCCGGAUCGACGAUUUCAAGUCAGCAGAUGCAGCAGCAGCAACAACAACAACAGCAGCAGCAGCAGCAGCGGCCAUCACAAUUUUCAUCCUCAGGCAAUAACAUGAACUCUCAAAUGUUUUUCAAUCAGCAAGCGCAACUCAGACAACAGGCUGCGCAGCAAUUUCGUAACGGGGUGACUCCCAAUGCGCCCACGCCUAGUGCACCCAGCGCGCCUAACCCGCCUGUGAGGCCACAACUUACACCUCAACAGCAGCAAUUGAUCAAUGAGAUGAAAGGAGCUGAGAUUCCAAGAGAGCUUUUGCAGAGAAUUCCUAAUUUACCACCAGGUGUGAAUACCUGGCAAAAAGUUACUGAGUUAGCACAACAAAAAAGGCUAGGACCUAAGGACUUACAAAUUGCUAAACAAGUCUAUCAAAUGCAUCAACAAAUUGUGUUCAAAUCUAAAGUCCAACAAGCCAGUGUAAACAAUCGUGGGCCUCAGCAGGGGAGACCUAUAUCUCAAGGACCCAAUAUGGGUCAAAUGCCAUCUGGGCAGCGUCCUAUGGUUAACCAGGCUAAUCUUCAGCAACAACAACAACAACAACAACAACACCAUUUGUCUCAACCACCACAACCACAACAACAACAACAACCACAACAACAACAACAACAACAACAACAACAACAACAACAACAACAACAACAACAACAACAACCACAACCCCAGCAGCAACCGCAGCAGCAACCGCAGCCUCAACCGCAACCACAACAUGCGCAACAGAACCAGUCACAGCAACAGGCGCCUAUGGGACAAGCUUCUCAACAGCAACCCCAAGAGGUCCCGAAUGUUUUGAACAGACUCAAUCAAAUCUUUACCCCGGCAGAGCAAAAAACACUUUACGAGAAUGGUAAAAAGUUGAUCGCAGACCUACAAAGAACAAACCGUCUACCUGCUGUUUUGACACCACAGCAACAGGGGAUCUACAUCAAGAAAUAUAUCAAUCAAAUGGCUCUGAAAAAACUCCAAGCUGCGAGAAGCCAAAUGAGUAGUUUAAAUGCCCCAGCUCAACAACAGCCGCCAGUAGCAUCUGUUCAAGGUACUUCUGCACCUCCUAUGAGCCAUUUCGCUUCCAAUGGAGCGAACAUGAAUGGUGCAGGCGCCACUAUGACCCCCAGAGGGACUUUCACUGGAAACAACUCAAACAGCAAUAAUUUCAAUGAUUCCGGUGGGGGCCCUAAUCUUCAAGGUGCGACUCCCACAAACAUGCCGCCGCAAGCAUCAUUGUCUCAACCUCCUGUGCAAGUACAAGCGCAGGCACAGGCACAGGCUCCUGCACAACAGGCACCAGCGCAACCGAAAUUUUCAUUGCCUCGUCCUACAGAACAGGAUUUGAUGGUUUUACGUAGAAUUUCAGCAGAGAUACAAAAAUCUCACCUCAGAUUGUCAAACAUUACAAACCAGAUUUCUCAAGAGCAGAAGCAAUCUAUCAGAAACAAGUUGCAGUUGAAUCGACAAUUAUUCACGAACGUUGAUAGCUUCAUUCCCACUCUGUACAUGAUUACUCGAAAUGAAGAGAACGUUCGUCAGUUGCUCCAAAUUAGAAUGCUUGCAAAGGAAAUAACGGAACAUGCUACCAGGGGUGUCUUCAUUGUGCCUCCUGAGGUUGUUGAUAAAGUCAUUUUCCGUUAUCAAAAAUACUACGAAUUUAUCAAAGAUCAAGUUCUAAGAAGACACCAACAGAUCAUUGCCGCUAGACAGCAACAGCAACAGCAGCAAGCGCCAAGCGCUCCAGUCGAUCCGGCUUUCAAUCAACAACGCAUACAAGGUUCCUUUCAACAAAUUCAGCACCAGAUGCAAAUGAGGCAACAGCAACAACAACAGCAGCAGCAGCAGCAGCAGCAGCAGCAGCUACAGCAGCAGCAGCAACAACAACUACAGCAGCAGCAGCAGCAGCAGCAGCAACAACAGCAACAACAGCAACAACAGCAACAACAGCAACAACAAAAAAUACAACCCUCGCCUCAAUUGAACAACUGGGCAAGAUUGAACGCUGAGGUUAGACCACCCACCACUAGCAGUGUCGAUGGGGAGCCUAAUUUGGCACCCCAGUCUGCUCCUGAAAAUGUACGUACGACUUCCUCUGGCAUGGACUUCCUUAAUUCUCCAGAUUUCUUUAACUCGAAGUCUUCACCGCAACAAGCUGGUUUGUCGCCCGUCAAAAAACAGACGCAAAUGAGAAAGAAGAUGACUAUGAAGCAGGCUUCGAACCAUGGCACCCCUGGCGCAGCUAUGGUACCUUCAAGCAAUACCCCCAAUGCCACGACAACGUUGGGGAUUUCUAGCACAAGCAAAACGGGCACUCCUCGUGUAGCAACCGCGGGACUUGCAAGUGUUUCUCCCAUGGUCAACAAAGUCACAACAUCUAAUCAAAGUCCGUCCCCGAGAUCAUUUCCGAAUAACGCCGCACCCAUUGCGGCUAGCAGUUAUUCAUAUAAGGAGGACGAGGACAGUUUGAAGAUGAUGGUAGUGAGGAAAAACGAAAUCAUCUCGAGAUUCAAGCGGAGGCAGGAUAUUCUCAGAAAUUCACCGGUGGAUUUGUUUUUAUGCUCUCUGGGAGACUGUCUUGGCAUUAGUGAAGAAAAAGUGGAACUUAUGAAUUCUAUCCCACAAGACAUCGUGGAGCAGGUCAACGGCACCAGUAAGAAAAAGACGGCGAAAUCCGCUGCGCAAAGGUCGAAAGAUCAGGAGUACGCUAAUGUCUCUAUAAAGGACAACAAAAUUACUUUCACACCCAAUUCUGGGCUAGAUUUGCAGAGCAGUAACCCAUAUUCAAUUGGAGUUGGUGAUAUUUCUGGUGUCUUCAGAGAUGUCUACGGAUCGACACAUUUAUCCAGCUUCUCCUUUGAGAGUGACAAUUCAGCCUCUGAUGCUCGAGGCACUAAGCGAAAAGCUGUUGAUUCUGACAACAGCCCUAACGCUUCACCGGCGUCCUCGGCGGUCAUGAGCGACUCUAAAAAGAUCAAGUUCGACUCGCCAGAAGAUCUUUGUUUUUCUGCGCCAGUUGAAAGCGUCAAAAAAGAGUACUCUAUAGGCGGAGCAGCAGACAAUGCAGCGGAGAACAAAAUCUGGGAUUGGAGCUUUUGGGAUACCGUCUGA